AUGCUUUUUCUAGCUAUCUUUAAAGAUAGCCAGCAGGAAGGUGAUGUACUUGUUUUGAGUGACAAGACAAAUUGUGCAAGCAAGGUUCACAACCUCAAGUACUUCACAUGGGAAACACCAGACUUCGCAUACUUCAACAAUCAGUUCAUACUACACCUCACCUCGGCCGUCCAUAACCCCCUUCCCUCCCGCAAGCUGCUCUCCCCAGGCAUCACCUGUCCGGCCAUACGAGGCGUACAAGAGGCAACGGUUAUCCCCGUCACUGAUGUUUUUGACGAACAUGGUCUCCAGUCAUUGGGCUACGAGACAGACCUCCAACGGUGGUCAGACCCUGCCGCCAAAGCAGCUUCCACGAAACGAGUGGACUACUACACCGAUAUCGUGGAAGGGCCAAGCCAAAUCAUCGAAGCCAAAGCGCGUACUGAAUCUUACUGGCAGUGGAGCGCCAUUAGGUUCGUUCUCGAAAGCUUUGUCCUUCCCUGGACACCGAAUCGAUGGCGCUCGGCGGCCCGUCGCUUUCAGCUUACCCGCCCCCUGCAACAGUGCGUCGACAGCGUCCUCCCCGAUCUCGUUCCACACGCCUUAGCAAUGCAUCUGCGGAUGUGGCCGUCCGAUCUAUCUUUCGGUCAAGAUGACGCCUGCUACCGCGGACAGGUUCCCGUCCUGAAGCAUAUCUUUUCCAAAUGUGAUUGGACUGGAUCAUAUUUGUACAACAACGUUCGACGAGUCCAAAAAAGCGAUACACAGCCCGUUAUAAUCGCGACAGACAACAGGGAACACCCCGCCAUAGUUGAUCUUGUCCGCCGUCUUGGACCCAGAGCACAUUUCAUGGAGAUGACAGCGACAUGUACCACUGCCAUUCAAGACGCCCAUCCUUCUAACGAGACACAAUGGCGUAUAGCCACAUACUGGCCUAUCAUCGAGGCGGCUGUUAUGGUACAGACGGAAUCAUUUAUCGGCUCAUUCUGGUCGACAUUCUCCCAGCUGGUUGCAAUUCGCCGCCAGAGGAUACAUCGAACAUUCUUUGUCCAGAAUCGCCUGCAGGAGUUCGUCUGGCGGAACCGAUGGAUAAUAAUACUGGCAUUUGUUGGGACCCUGAGUUUGAGUGUAGUUAGAACUCCGCGUCGGAUUAGGUGA